AAAUUUACCAGAGAUACUGGCAUUAAUUUGCGUCCCUUUGCACCCUUUCGGGUCGAUGAUGAACCAUUUGGUUUAAGACCAGGCAUGAAAUGCUCAGUAAGAAGUUUGUCCACAAUAAGGAUUUCAGAAUACGAGGAAUUGUCCCUGGUAGAGAGUCCAAGGCCUCGAAAAACAAACCUUUUGUUUGGCCUUGCGCAACUUGCACACUGCUAUUAUCAUUACUACAGGAUUUGCCUCGCCUAGCGCGUCCAGCGCAUCAGCAGCGAUGUCAUUGCCACAGACUACUGCAGUGGCCGCAUAGUUUGCUUUCAAGGAUGGCGAUCGUCUUUAUUUUAAAGGUCUUGUCUUUUCUGGUUGUUGCAGAUCCUGUUAGCGUCUGCCACUCCGUAUACUAGCCUACUAGGGGCUGCGCGCUGUGCAUAUCGCCAGCAAGAAACUAGUUCAUUCUGUGUUCCAAGGAGAGCGCGUGGUGGGCGACGUAAAUUGACAAUGCAUGCGAUUUUU